AUGGUCCACUCAGCAGAAUUUCUUGAAACUACAGAAUACUCAGUUAAAUCAGUGCUACAAGGUGGAUACAACCACCCUUUAUCACGCGAAUGGCAGCAGGAAAGACAACUUACGAAGAACAUGUUUAUUUUCCCACUUUUCGUUACUGAUGAUCCAGAUGAGGAAACCGAUAUUCCAUCUCUACCAAAUAUCAAACGAUAUGGAGUAAACAAAUUGAUUCCAUAUGUUGAUGCCUUGGUUAAAAAGGGCUUACGAGCAGUGAUAUUAUUCGGUGUUCCAUUGAAGCCCGGUGUGAAAGAUGACAUUGGUACUGCAGCUGAUGAUCCAGAAGGACCAGUCAUCACCAGUAUCAAGUUGUUGAAAUCAAAUUUCCCCAAUUUAUUCAUCAUGUGCGACGUUUGUCUUUGCGAAUAUACUUGUCAUGGACAUUGUGGAAUUUUGAAUGAUGAUGGAUCAUUGAAACCUGAACCAUCAGUAAAACGUAUUGCUGCCGUUGCUGUCAAUUAUGCUAAAGCUGGAGCCAAUUGUGUUGCUCCAUCCGAUAUGAUGGAUGGUAGAAUUAAAGAUAUUAAAAUGGGUUUAAUCAAAGCUGGAUUAGCAAACAAAUGUCUCGUUAUGUCAUAUGCCGCCAAGUUUUCGGGUAAUUUGUAUGGUCCAUUCAGAGAUGCCGCAGGAAGUGCACCUAGUCAUGGUGAUAGAAAAGCGUAUCAAUUACCACCAGCAGGAUCAGGAUUAGCAAGAAGAGCAUUGUUGAGAGAUAUGGAAGAAGGUGCUGAUGCAGUUAUUGUUAAACCAUCAACGUUUUAUUUGGAUAUUAUAAGUGACGCAAGUAGAGUAUGUCGUGACUAUCCAAUUUGUGCUUAUCAUGUUAGUGGUGAGUAUGCCAUGUUGCAUGCUGCUGCAGAAAAGGGGAUUGUUGAUUUGAAGGGAAUUGCUUUUGAGGCUCAUCAAGGGUUCUUAAGAGCUGGUGCAAGGUUGAUUAUUAGUUACUUUACACCGGAAUUCUUGGAAUGGUUACAAGUUUAG